GACGUCGGGUGGCACAGACAUCGUGUGGCACGGGCAGAUCUCUAAAUACCUGUGACCAGGGGCCCGCGGGGCAGCGAUGAGGAGCUCUGCGCUCUGAGGCACCACACGGAGCCACCACGGUCCUGGGAGACACAGCAGCGACCUCGAGCAGGACCAUCCCAGAACCUGUAAGGAGAACCCCCGACCUGUUUGUGGUGAUCCCAGAAAGCUGAGCAGGGCACCAUGACCAGCCCCCAGCCAGUAAAAGCCUUCAAGAAAUCUGCUAUCCCAGGGGUUCUCAUCACCCAGUUUGUGAAUGAUGUUCCAGAAGGAUGCAGUACACCUGACUUUGAGAGGAAACCUCUCACCCUGACCCUGCAGGAAGGUAAAAAUGCCAUUUUCAGAGCUGUGGUCAAAGGUGUCCCAACCCCAGAGGUGAAAUGGUCACGUACACGAAAAGGGAUGGAUGAUCCUGCUAAGUAUGAAAUGUCCUUCAAUAGUGCUACAAAUGAAUUCAUUCUGCAGAUCAACCAGCUGGUGAUGGAUGACAGUGAUUUGUACCGGUGCUGUGCUGUCAAUGAGUACGGGGAAGCUUCCUGCUCCGUGGGCCUCAGGAUCAUCCAAGUUGGCUUUAAGAGGAAAGCAAAAUAUGUUCCCGUUCAUGCUGCUGAUGAGCUGAAGAAGACACUCCAGGACUCCAAGAAGCUGCUGAGGAAGAGGGUUGUAGCACCAAAACCCAAACCCCUGGACAAAGAGGCCGUGUGGCAGCUGCUGCUCCAUGCAGACAGGAGAGACUACGAGAAAAUCUGCAUUAAAUAUGGAAUUGUCGACUUCCGUGGGAUGCUGAGGAAGCUGCAGGAGCUGAGGAAGGACACAGAGAGUGAACAAGAUGAGUUAAUUCACAGUAUCAAAAACUUGGAACACAUCAAAGUCAACAAGGAGGGAAACGCCUCGUUCAGCCUGGAGAUGGAGCUGAAAAACAAAAACAGCAACGUGUAUCUGCUCAAGGACGGGCAGCGGCUCCGCUACGGGACGGGGGACGAGUACAGGAAGCACUGCCUGAGGAGGAUUGGGAGCAGGUACCACUUCAUCAUCAACGACGUGCAGCCAGAGGAUGCGGGCGUGUACCAAGUCAGGGUGGAGGACGUCCCUGUUUUCUCCACUGAGCUGGAUGCUGAAGCCAUCCCCGCCCGGUUCCAGCAGCCGCUCAGCGACGUGCGCUGCCCCGAGGAGGGCGAUGCCGUGUUCCGCUGCGUCCUGCGCACCCCCUGCCACCAGCCCGCCUGGCUGCACAAGACUCACACCCUGCAGCCCGGCCCGAGGCACCACAUCUCCGUGUCGCCCGACGGCCUCACCCACCAGCUCAUCAUCAAGAACGUGGAGCCCUCGGACAGCGGGAUGUACACGCUGGAGGCGGGGCAGGGCUCCUCCAGCGCCUGGCUGCUCGUGGAGUAUGCCAAAGGGAAGAAGAGGCAGGAUGAGGAAGGAAUUGAAAAAAUCGAAAGGGAGACAUCUGAGUGGCUGAAGGAAACGAUGGCAGACAACGAAAGGGCGAGGAAACUUCGGCGCCAGGAACGUGCCGGGGAUGAAGGUCAUGCCAUGGACACCGGUGUGGAAAAAAAGGGCUGGUACAGGAAGGGUCAAGGCAGCAGCCAGGACAGAGGCCAAGGCAGCAGCCAAGGCCACUCCAUGGAUACUGAUGAUGGAAGCCACAUAUUUUUGGGAAAAGAGGGGCUCCGCAAAACACACAUAAACGGAGGGAUGGGGCCUGGGCAGUUUUCUGGAGCAGAUCUAGAUGGAGACUCAGUGACAAAUGAUGGCAGCAUCUUUGGAUUAAAAGGCUUAGGAGGCAAAGGUGGAUUAAGGCCUGUGCACGGCAAGGACUCUGUGCCAGGCAGGGAAGGUCCUGGAGAUGGAGCAGGAGGAGCAGGGGGACGGGAUUCCGUGGCUGGCAGAGGCGAGGGUGUGCUGGGUGCUGGUCACAUGGGCGUGGAUGGUGGAGAAGGUUUGGGCUCUCAGUAUGACAAGGAUGGGAAUUUAGGUGAUCCCAGCUCCAGAGCUGGCUUUGGGGGUGUUGGGAGGUUUGGUGCCACUGAUGGAAGUUCUGUGCCAGACGGGCUCGGUCCUGGUUCAGCCAGGGUGGGAGAUGGUGUGGGGGAUCUGUUCAGCAGGGCUGGCCCAGGGGCUGCAGCGUGGGGGAGUGCUGCAGGGGCUGCAGGAGGAAUGGGGUCCCACCAUGGCAAGGGUGGUGAUCUGACUGUGGGUGACAUGAACGGAGCAGGGAUAAACAGACAGGGACAAACAGGGGCUCCCUAUGGCAAGGACGGCUUGGCAUCUCAUGCCAGUGCUCAGUUGGGUCAGGGGGGCAGGUCUGGCUCGCUGCAUGGCCCAGGUGGCCUUCCAAGUGGAGAUGGGGCUCUACCUGGUGCAGGUGGCAGUUCUGUAGGAGAAAUGGAGGCUUUCUAUGGUCCAGAUGGUCGGCCACUUGGAGCAGGGGCUGGUGGUGCUGGUGGUUCAGGUGCAGGGGGAUUUGGGGCUCCCUAUGGGAAGGAUGGUGUCCCAGCUGGGGCUGGGGUUGGUGGUGCUGGUGUUGGUGGAGCUGGUGUUGGUGGUGCUGGUGUUGGUGGUGCUGGUGUAGGGGCAUUUGGGUCUCCCUAUGGAAAGGAUGGUCUUCCAGCUGGGGCUGGUGCUGGUGGUGCUGGUGGUGCUGGGGCAGGGGGAGUUGGUUCUCCCUAUGGAAUAGAUGGUCUUCCAGCUGGGGCUGGUGGUGCUAGUGGGGUUGGUGUAGCUGGUGGAGGGGGGCUUGGGGCUCUCUAUGGAAAGGAUGGUGUCCUAGCUGGAGCAGGGGUUGGUGGUGCUGGUGGUGCAGGGGGAGUUGGGGCUCUCUGUGGAAAGGAUGGUCUCGCAGCUGGGGCUGGUGUUGGUGGUGGUGCUGGUGCUGCAGGAGUCGUGUCUCCCUAUGGGAAGGAUGGUGUCCCAGCUGGGGCUGGUGGGGCUGGUGCUGCUGGUGCAGCUGGUGCAGGGGAAGUUGCAGCUCCCUUCGGAAAGGAUGGUGUCCCAGCUGGGGCUGGUGUUGGUGGUGCUGGUGGUGCUGGAGGAGUUGUGUCUCCCUAUGGAAAAGAUGGUCUCCCAGCUGGGGCUGGUGUUGGUGGUGCUGGUGGUGCAGGGGUUGUGUCUCCCUAUGGAAUGGAUGGUCUCCCAGCUGGAGCUGUGGCAGGAGCUGCUCCUUUUCCCUUUGGAGGUGAGGGAGUGAUGGGAUCCCAGCGUGGCAGGGAUGGUGGGCUGGGCAGAGCUCCAGGAUAUCCAGGGGGAGCAGGAGGAGAGAACUUUUCCAUGGAAGGGGGGGGUGUGGGUGGCUCUGCAGCAUGGGGCACUGGGUCUCCCUACGGCAAGGACGUGGGAUCAACUGGAGCCUGGGCUGGUGCAGGAGCUGGUGGGACAUUGGGAGGGGAUGGAAGGGAUUCAUUCCUUGGUAAAGGAGGUGUGGGAGGUGGUGGUGGACCAGGUGGUGAAUAUGGAAAGGGCGUUGCCAGUGAUGCCAGAGGAUCAGGGAACCAAGGUUCAGUUGGUGACAGAGGGUCACUGUCAGGUCAAGGAGAUGUCUGGGGUGAGCGCAGAGAUUUAGGACAGUUGGGCUCCCUUUAUGGCAAAGAUUCCGCCUUUGGAGGGGCAGGGAGCAAAUCCUGGAACAGACCUGUUGAUGGAAGCAGUUCAGGGGGUCUUGGUCAAGGUCCACCCAGUCAUGACCAGAUGUCAGCUCUUUCUGGUGGGCUUGCCCCAGCAAGCCAGAGAAACGAGGAACCUGACGUGGAUGUUAAAGCAAAGGAUCUCCCGACCAACACGGAAAGUACAGCCCAGAAGAGAAGGUCCUGCCUGGAUGAUCUCAAAGUCCCCCGGUGUUACCUCAACAAGCAGCUGGCCACGGUCCGGGUGGUGAAGGGGGAACCAGCCGAGCUCUCCUGCACUGUCAGCAAGGAUGACGUGACAGGAACCUGGUUUAAAGACGGGCUGAAGUUGACAAGCAUGCAAGGAGUCGUGUUUGAAAAGAAAGGUCUAGUCCACAAACUAAUUAUUAACAAAACCGAAGACAUUCAUGCUGGGAAAUACAGGUUUGAAGGUGGAGAUGUGAAAACUGAGGCUUCAAUUUUUGUUGAAGACCCUCCACAGGUUGACAAAGUUCUCCUCAAGAACCUGAGCAGUGUCCCCACGGUGGCCAAGGCUGGGCAGGCGGUGAAGCUCAGAAUCCCCUUCGAGGGCCGUCUGCCCGUCAGAGCCACGUGGCUCAAGGACAAGAUGGAGCUGGCAGAUGACACCAGGAUCCGUAUGGAUAAAACAGACACCCACACCACGCUGUCCAUCCCCAGCUGCAACAGGAGGGACUGUGGGGAUUACAAGGUCAGGCUGAAGAACGACAGCGGGGUCCUGGAGAUCAACUUAAAGCUCGUGGUCAUAGACAAGCCACAGCCACCAGCAGGACCCAUCAAAAUCGUGGAGAGCUCUGCCAAUGCCAUCACCAUCCAGUGGCAGCCCCCGAAGGACGACGGGGGCAAACCGGUGCAGAGGUACCUUGUGGAGAGGCAGCAGGCGGGCAAGAACGACUGGGAGACCUUGGGAGACACCCCCAGGAGCUGCACCACCUUCACCACCAACAAGGUGGAAGAAGACACGAGCUACUACUUCAGGGUGAGGGCCGUGAACGUGGAGGGGACGAGCGACGCGCUGGAGUCAGGCGAAGUGAAGGCGGCUGGCAAAGCUUCCCCUGGUGCCCCAGAUCCCCCUGAGAUCGUCAGUGCCAGCAGGGACACCAUCACAAUAUCCUGGAAAGCACCUCGUAAAACUGGCACUUCCCAGAUUGUGGGAUACAUCGUUCAGAAACGCAAGAAGGGCACCAUGACCUGGCUGCCAGUCACCAGUGGGCCUGUGAAAGACAAGAAGCUGAAGGUGACCAACCUCAAGAAGGGUGUGCAGUACGAGUUCCGGGUGGCAGCUGUCAAUGCUGCUGGCACAGGAGAUGCCAGCGACCCCUCCCCGCCCAUCUUUGCCCGGGACCCCACGAAAUCCCCGGGCCAAGUGCAGGAGCUCAGAGUGAGCAGCUGUGACAGCACCAGCGUCACCCUGACGUGGAACAGGCCCGAGGUCAAGGAUGGGAAUGAAGUGAAGGGCUACGAGGUGGAGAUGAGGCCUUCCCACAGCUCCAGCUGGACCAAGUGCCUCACCCUCCCUGCAGAGGCCACCACGGGCACCAUCAAGGGCCUGCAGCCCAAGGAGAAGUAUUUUCUGCGUGUGAGGGCCCUCAACGACAGCGGCCCCGGGGAGGCCACGGAGCUCGAGGCCAUCGCGGAGGCCGCGGCCCCGGCGGUUCCCCCCAGGUUACUGAUCGACGACACGGUGAAAAACCUCCUGGUGGUGAGAGCAGGAAACCCCCUCCGGGUGAAUAUUCCCUUCGAGGGCUCUCCUGAGCCAGCGGUGCUCUGGUUGAAGGAUGGGCUCCCCCUUCCCGACCGGGCUGCCAUAAAAACCCAGGAUGGAUCCACCCGGCUGCUGAUCGGGACGGCCGAGCUCGGGGACAGCGGCUGCUACAGCGUGGAACUGCUCAACGGGCUGGGCAAGAGAGAGACCUUCAGCUUCCAGGUGCAAAUCACAGACAUCCCACAGCCUCCUGGACCACUGAGGUUGGAAGAGAAUGUGCCCAACACAGUGACAGUGACCUGGGAACCGUCAGCAUCUGAGAAGUGGGAGAAGAACCUCUACUACACCGUCCUGAAACGGGAGUCCCAGAAGGGCGUGUGGCGCAUGGUGGGGGACCUGCUCUACAACAACAAGUUCACGUUCACCAGCGUGAUCCCAGGCAGGGAUUAUUACUUCAGGGUGGUGGCCAAGAACAGCCUGGGAGCCAGUGCUCCAUCUGAAACCGUGCAGCCUUGGAGGAUUCGAAAAGCAAAGGCUGAGAUCUGGGUCAGACCCCAGAGGUACAGGGGAGUCAACCAAAACCAGCACCCGAGGUUCCUCGUCCCGCUGAAGCCCCACGUGGUGGUGACAGGCAGUGAGUGUCACAUGAGCUGUGCAGUGGGGGGCCACCCCCCCCCAAAAGUUACCUGGUACAAAGACAACAGAGACCUCUCCAACGAUCCAAACUACUUCUGCACAAACGACUUUGGAGUCUGCUCCCUGGUCAUCCUGGGGGUCACCAAGCAGGACGCAGGAGAAUACAUGGUGGAAGCCUCCAAUGAAGUGGGUCGUGUCUCCAGCAGAGCCUUCCUCGCCAUCAAAGACUCCGCCCUGUAGCUUGACCCUGCUGAGAACAUCCCUGCCCUGCUCUGUGGAUGAGAAGGUUUCAGUGAGGACUGGUCCAUCCUAAGCCUGUGCAUUUAUUUUCAGAUGUUCACUGGAGCCCAAGGGGUUUAUUUUUCACACCCAGUAAUUGCAUUUUGAACACGACGCUGCGUUUUAGUCAAAAUCGGGGAAAAUGUUUCAAGAGAAUUGUAUUUUUGUAAUGAUCAUGGCUUUCCACUAGACCUUUAAAACACAUAUUAGAAGCUUUGGGAACACAGAAGAUGAGAGGAAAAAUAUUUGGCCAAAAUGAAACUUUCCAUGGAGAGCACAGGCAGGAGAGACCAUCCCAGCACACCCCUCACCUGCUGUCAGGCUGCAACAGGGACAUUUCUGGCCACCAGAGAUCUCUGGAGUUGGCCUUUCCCAUGUGGUUUUCUAAGCCAAAACAACCCCUUUGGAUUCCACUGGAUUCUCAGCAGGUUUCCUAACUCUGGGAGCAGUUCUGCAUGUCUUGCACUGCCAGUAGCAGCUCAGUAUGUUGUU